GAUUUCUUGGUGUUCGUUUCGCGACUAAAAGCAGUAAAGGCAAAAUGGGUCUUCCCCGUGUAUUUUUUGAUAUGACUGCUGAUGGACAGCCUCUAGGACGCAUCGUUAUGGAGCUCCGUCCUGAUGUUGUGCCAAAAACUGCAGAGAAUUUCCGUGCCUUGUGCACCGGCGAAAAAGGCUUCGGUUAUAAUGGCUCCUGUUUCCACCGUGUCAUCCCCAACUUCAUGUGUCAGGGUGGCGAUUUCACAAACCACAAUGGCACUGGCGGCAAAUCCAUCUAUGGCGCCAAGUUUGCUGACGAGAACU